AUGGCGACGGUGCCGGACCUCGAAGAGUGGUUCACCCACUCCAAUGAUGCUCUGAACAUCAGCCUCGUCGCUCCUUCAAAGUCUGGCCUCCAGUCGGUCGCGGCCUUCCACCCCAACUUUACGUAUCCCAUCUUCGGCGACGAGGAGCGCAUCUUUGGCUACCAGGGCCUCAAAAUCAACCUGCGCUACCGCGCAAAUGAUAUGCGCCCGCACCUCAAGGUUUCAUACUCUAAAAAGUUCAAGCCCGUAGGCGACAACGAGCCCACGGAUAUUGCUGCCAUCCUCAAGGAGGGCAACCACUUGCCCAAAGUGGCAUUCGUCAAGGAAUCCGACUUUGAAGACAGCUCCAAGCAGCUCGCCGAGAACAACUGGACUCCGCCCGGUGCUCUACACGACUCGUUCAAGGGCCCAGACGGCUUCGAAUACGAGAUCUGGAAGGGCGACCUGACCGACCCCGCGAUAAAGCAGCUCAAUAGCCGCGUCCAGAUCAUGGUGCCUCUCUUCAUCGAAGGAGGAUCGUACAUUGGACAGGACCCCGACAGCGACUCGUCCGAGCAGAACAUUACCGAUGCUAACCGGUGGACCCUAUUCUUUCUUUAUAGAAAGGACAAGCUCUCGGAGGGUGAUGGAGCCCAGGGCAGCUCCUACGUCUUUGUCGGAUACUCUACAGUCUAUCGCUUCUAUUGGUUUCAGACUCUCACGCCCCCGGCUUCGCCUGCUGGUGAUGGCGGUGACAGCUGGGAGUUGCCCAAGGGUGAUCUUAACCUGGCCGAGCUGCCUUGCCGCAGCAGGCUGUCGCAGUUUGUCAUCCUGCCUCCGUUCCAGGGCAAGGGCCACGGCGCCAAUCUGUACAAGUCCAUCUUUUCACACUACCACAAGCACGCGCAGACGCAAGAGUUCACUGUCGAGGAUCCCAACGAAGCAUUUGAUGAUUUACGCGACAUUUGCGACAUGGAGUUCCUCGAGGGGCUGCCCGAAUUCCAUAACCUACGCCUCGACACGACCGUCACCCUGCCCAAGACGGGCCCAAUCCCACAGCUGAUUGUCGGCGGCGACAAGCUCGAGGAUAUCCGCCGCAAGGCCAAGAUCGCAUCUAGGCAAUUCUACCGCGCCGUUGAGAUGCACCUCAUGGCCCAGCUGCCUGAUUCGGUUCGCCCAACCAUGGACCUCGACAAGGAAGCGCCCUCGCCCACGAGCGCCGAGAAGUACCAAGAGAGACUGUGGCAGCUCGUUGCCAAGCAGCGUCUGUACCGCCACAACAAGGACGCGCUGUCACAGAUGGAUUCUGAGGAGAGGAUAGAGAAACUGUACGAGGUCCUGACAGGCGUCGAGCUGGGAAACGCUCGUAUCCUAGCUGCUUAUGAGCGUGCGAUCAAGCAUUCCAAGUCGGAGGUAGCACCUGCUGCCCAUGGGAAGCGUAGACUGGAUGACAGCGAGGAGAGCGUGAGUAGUAAGAAGGUCAGGGUGUCUGACGCGUAA